AGCCUUCCAGCAGAGAUACAACAAGAUGAAGGAAGACAGGAACAACUAUAAUGAUGAGCUCCUAAGGGUGAAGGAUGAGAACUACAAGCUGGCCAUGCGGUAUGCAACGCUCAGCGAGGAGAAGAACAUGGCUGUGAUGAGGAGCAGGGACCUGCAGCUGGAGAUUGACCAGCUGAAACACAGACUAAACAAGCUGAGAGGAGAGUGUAAGAUGGAGAGAAGACAGAGUCUGAAACUGAAGAACGACAUCGAGAACCGACCCAGAAAAGAACAGAUCUUCAAACUGGAGAGAGAGAACGAGUUCUGAAGAUCAAACUGCAGGAGCUGCAAUCUAUC